CACAAUUGUGGCGCGAAUUGGAGGUAAUGGCAUGGUCUGGCCUCUCAGAUCAGUCGUCUGGUGACCUUGCGAUUGCGUCCGGCGUCUAUAAUGUGGUUUAAAAAGUCGCAGGCCCCUUGCGUCAAAUAUUCAGUGACCUCAUUCGUACUUUUCCCUCAACACGGUGUUCUGGUGCAUUUUCAGCUUUCACGUCUUGACCAUUAGCUUCUGGCAAUCAGCAACAUUACUUCUCAAGAUGACUUCACCAAGUCUCACUCCUGGUCUGCCUGAGUUCAGCCUGAAGAACAAAGUCGUGCUCGUUUCUGGUGCAGCUCGUGGACUUGGUUUAACGCAAGCAGAAGCAUUAUUGGAGGCCGGCGCAAUUGUGUAUGCUCUCGACAGAUUGCCUGAGCCCCACCCGGACUUCCAUGUCGUUGCAGAGAAGGCGAAGAAAGAACUGAACUCGAAAUUGGAAUACCGACAGAUUGAUGUGAGGGAUUCUGAAAGCCUCCACAAAGUGGUAGAGGAGAUUGCAAACGCUGAGGGAAGGAUGGACGGUCUGAUUGCCGCCGCCGGUAUCCAGCAGGAGACGACAGCACUUGAGUACACCGCCGCGGAUGCCAACCGCAUGUUUGAAGUCAAUAUUACCGGUGUCUUCAUGACUGCCCAAGCAGCUGCCAAGCAGAUGAUCAGGUUUGGUAAGGGUGGUAGUAUAGUGCUCAUCGCCAGCAUGUCUGGGACCAUCGCCAACAAGGGCCUGAUUUGCUCCGCAUACAACGCAUCUAAGGCGGGCGUGAUCCAACUCGGUCGAAAUCUGGCAGCCGAAUGGGGCCAGCACAACAUCCGCGUCAACACCAUCUCACCUGGAUAUAUCGUGACGCAGAUGGUGGAGGAGCUGUUCGUUAAGUUUCCGGAUCGGAAGGAAUCAUGGCCAACACAGAACAUGCUGGGGCGGCUGUCAGCACCAAGAGAGUACCGUGGUGCUGCAGUUUUCCUGAUCAGCGAGGCUAGCUCGUUCAUGACUGGGUCAGACUUGAGGAUAGAUGGCGGACAUUCUGCGUGCUCUCGAGCUCCACCACCUCCAAUGUCGAGCUCAGCGCCGACCGCCGUCACCCGUUAUCGCCCUGCCAUACUCGUGCUGACCGGAGUGGCGGCCGCCUACAGCGCAUACCUCCUAUAUGGUAGCCUCCAGACUGCGCCCAGCGAUGGGCUGCACCGCAGUAACGCGGUCCGGCGAGCCAACGCACAACGGCGCCCAUCACGAACGACACGCAUAAUCUCUCGCCUCGAAAGCGAAGUGAACACCUUAGGCGAAUACAAUGUUCUCGGGCUCGUGGUUCCGCUCGAUCCUCAGAACCUCAUCACCCCAGAUGAGCUUCGAGAGCUGCUCGUGACUACGGCACCAGAUGCCAGUGAAGACACCAUCGAGAUUGAGACGGCGCGAUUAUACGAUGUGUUCCUCGAUCGACUGCUAGACUCGGGCUUUUCGAGCCGCCCGCUCGCUCCUGCAGAAGUCGACGCAGUCUCUCGGUGGAUUAGUGACAGACUGCCGACCCCUGCUACUGUUACUCGUGCUGUGGAGAGGCGCACGCAGCGAUUGAACGAUACACGCCCUGCUGAUACAGACGGUGUCGAAAGUGUUGCAGCGACAGACAUAUCUUGGAACAGCGACGACGAUAGCGACGGUGAGGAUAUCGACCCCGAAGGACAGACAUUGCAGCGUACCUUGUACCACAUUGCUGAAGAUCGCGCACGGCAAGAGGGCGUCAUACACCGAGGCAUCACUUGCAACUCAUGCGAUGAGAAGCCCAUUCGCGGUACCAGGUGGCAUUGUGCUAAUUGCGUCGACUUUGACCUUUGUUCUACGUGCGAAGCUACAAAUGCUCAUGCCAAAACUCAUGUUUUCUACAAAAUACGGGUACCAGCACCUUACCUGUCCCUGGCGAAACAAGAACCGCUUUACCCAGGCAAGCCGCACAUGAUGCAUCACUCGGUCAACUCGGCAUUGAAAAGACGACUAGCAAUGGAAACGAAAAUGGAAAUAGAAGAGAUCGAGGCGCUGUGGGAUCAAUUCACCUGCCUUGCAAGUACCGAAUGGUCGAAUGAUCCUAACAAAGUUUGUUGGGCACUGGAUCGACGCGCUUUUAACCACGCCUUUGUGCCUCGAUAUAAUGGCUUUAUCGCUGCACCCAAUCUUAUUUAUGACCGCAUCUUUCAGUAUUAUGAUAGCGAUAAGAACGGUCUCAUUGGGUUCGAAGAAUGGAUCAAGGGUAUCGACGGUAUGCAUACCACCGAUCUGAAGGUCAAGGCCAGGAUCGUCUUCAAUGGCUACGACAUCGAUGGCGAUGGUUAUAUCUCGCGCCGAGAUGUUCUCCGAGUCUUCCGAGCUUACUACGCGAUUGAGAAGGAAGCUACUCGGAACUUUGUUGCUGAAUUGACAGAAGAGCUUUCAGUGCGCAAUAGCAUGGAAACCGUCCGAUCUGGUCAGCCCCUAGGCUCUGUGUUCCCUCCCAAUAGCCUCCCCACCUCAAAUGCCCCUCAUGUCAGCUUCGUACAGAAACAAAAUGGUACUUUCGACGAAACCUCCCCUGUCGUUCUAGACACUCCGUUCGAGAGCGCCACUCGCAAGUCCGUCAUCGAAGCCAAUGAGAUCCAUCAGCUACUUGAUGGAUCGUCAAGGCCGAAUGCCGGAGAGCGUUUAGUACAGAAGGCAUGGGCUAGGCGUGAAUUUACUCUGGAUGAGGAGGAAGGCCUUACAAGGCCCGCCGGUGCGGAUAUAACAGACGAUGAAGACGAAACCACAAACGGCUGCGCAGGCCCUUCAGCCUCAGAGCCUACAAUCGACCAAUCUGCGUGUCGCCGAUCUUCAAAAGUGCAUUUCCAGGACGAAGUGAACCAUAAAGAAUGGUCCAGCAAGUCCGUCUCGAAAACGCCGGCCAGCGAGCAAUGGAACGGAUAUGAAAUCCCUGAGCUCGAAAGAGACCUUGGGAAAGAAGUUUUGUAUCAAAUUACGCAGCAAGCUUUCAACGAAUUACUCGAUCCUUUAUUCCGGGCCAGAGAAGAUAUGGCACUGGAUGCCCGUAGUCUGCGCAGUGAGCGCCGGACCCACGCCGAGGUCAUCGAUACAUUGCUGGAGAAAGACAAAGGGUGGGGAAAACACAACGCAGAGAUAUUCCGCAUAGGCAUCUUUCGAUUUGCCAAGGGCAUGGUUGAUGUAUUCUGCCAGCAUAUGAACAUGGGUGCACUCGAAGCUAUAAGACGCCAGAGUUACAACAGGAACACGAAAGAGUACCUGUCUCUGAUUCGUACGGCAAUAUUAGCUGCCGAACGGGUUGCCUUGAACGACCUCAAGAUCCACAAGGAAGAUACUCUGGGUGGUACGGCUGAAUGGAACGCCGAACUGCUCAAGGAGCAGCUCUAUGGAGAAUUGACGUCAGCUACUGUGCAAUUGCUGAACCGAUCAGAUCGCACGGCGUUUGAAGCAGGGAGUGUUGGCGCAGAACCACGCAGUGCAUCUCCUGUGCUGGUUCGCGAUCCUACGAUGCCGCAAUUCCGCCCCAACUCAACAGCCGACCUUGAAGUGAGCAGAGUAACAGAAGGUGUAGAAACCUCACAUCAAUCAACCCCAUCGUCAGAUUUUGAUCGAGAUAUGGAAGACUUUGCAAACGACAACAUACGGAUUCGCAUCGGCCCAGAGGGCCCCUUUUUCGUCGAUACCCGUCACCCUACUGACGAGGAUCCGGUUACCCAAGAGGGAGAAGCUGAAAAACUCACGCCACCUGUUGUGACGCCGGGUUCAGGUGUAGAACUCCGGGACAGCGAAAGUCACCUUGUGAUGCACACCUCUGACUCACUGAGCCACACCCCAAUAACCCCGAGACCGAGCCGUGACUUCUCUCAGGCAGGAGAUGAGGUAGAAACAGCCGCCUCUCCAGCACCCUCGCAGGAGCCCGUUCCCUCUAAAAUCAAAGUUCCUCAUGUGACGGACACACCUUGGCUACAAACUCUUUCUAUUUCCACAUCGCCUAACGGCAAGCAAACGAUGUCCUACACGCGCCGCCACAUUGCGCAUACUCAAAAUUUCUACUCGAUCGCGCCCGAGCCGGACCAAACGGCAGCUCUGAUUGCGAAUCUGCGGCGCAGCGCUAAGAACCCCGAAUCUCCGCUGUACAUCAGCUUGCUGGCGAGUUGCGAAGCCGUGGAGCAGGAGAACAGGAAGCGAUUAGGAGACGGCUUGUUGAGCUUCGAGGAGUUUGAGGAGGUGCUUAGAGACGGGCGGUUGAGAUUCCUGGAGAGCUGGAUGGAUUGGAUGGUGGGCGGCUUUGUGGAGUAUCAUGUUUAUUUCCGUAUGCCAUAAGUCGCGGCCGAGACGAUAGUUGCACAGAGACCGAAAGUGUGGCUACUCCGUGACCGAACUAGAUCCUAGGAUACCUGAUACGAUAUUAAGAGACCCAUGAAAUUCGUUGACAGGCUCAAAUAUCAGUCACAUUACUCGUCAAGUAGAAUAGUCAACAGGCUUAUUAAGGAAUUGUAC